AAGAUGAUAUCUAAAGUAAUGGACUUGCUUGGCCGAGGACAGAAGGUCCUCAGAGGUACAGUUAUCUCAAAGACACACACCAAGACAGCUAUGGUUGAGGUGGUCAAGGUGUUCUUUGAUCGUCAAAAGUACGCCGCAGUGGCCAAGCAGAAGACCAAGUAUAUGAUCCACGACCCAGAGGACCAGGCACUCGUCGGCGACUUUGUCAACUUCACACCCUGCCGUCCACUGUCAAAGAGAAAGUGCCACGUGCUCACACGCAUUGCCAAGCGUCCACAGACCACCGAGUUCAUCCUCAAGAAUCCACAGUACACCGUCACUGCCAAGGAGAUCCUGGAGCAGAAAGAGAAGGACAAGAUCAAGUACACUAUGAUGGCUGACCUG